AUGACCCCUACCGGCGAAUCUAGCGGCUCAGAACUUCAGAACAACUCGAUUCUGAGAACUUGUACCAUGUUUCUCCCUCUGCUGCUCCUGCUUGCGCCAGCUGCUGCUGGGUGUCAGAUUCCAGGCGAUACUCUACCCAACAACAUCUCCGAGCAAUUUUCGAUUCAACUCCAGAAUGUAUCCUAUCCCGAAGUCCACAACCACUUCUUGAACCUUUGGGACUGGGGCGGCGGGGACCAGCAUCUAUUUGUGAGCCCCGCAGGCAACUCGACGAGUGAACUUACGCUGUUAGACGGUGUGAUCACGCUACCAUGGGAUCCGAUCAGGCGCGCAGUAAUUAACGGGGAGUACGAGGUCAAGGAUAAUACCACUAAGAUGUUCAUGACCGAGCGUGGCGAUCCACGUGCCAUUUUUGAUGUCGUUUACGGAUGCAACCCGGAUACAGAUGCUUUGCAGACGGAACUGCACAUCAAGUCUCGCGGUGACCUGGAGGCCGGAGGGAACAUGGGCGUCAGACCGUUUAAUGGAGCGCAUGAUUUUCGAUGGAGGCCCUCGGGGACGUCAAUUGUUGACCAGGAUCGUCCAUGGAUCCAAGUAACACUGGUAGUACGACACCUUACAUAA